AUGUGCCGACAAUACCUGACCCUCUACGUCUUCUGCCAGUGCGAGGAGGAUGCCGGCCACCAGGCCUGCACCGACCGCAAGAAAUCCGACUGCGCUGGCGUGGCGAUCGAGACGGUCUACAUGCAGUGUUUCUGCAAUGUGCAUGCGACCAAGGGAUUUAAGUCGGAAAAGAAGUCCGAGCGAAAGAAGCGCAGUUCCCUCGAGGGCUCCGGUGAGAAGAUCUCCUUCUCGCUGCGGAGGAAAUGGAACCAACACAUGAUUGCUCUCCGGGACGAAAACCGGAGGUCUUCUACCGGUCUGAACAAGCGAUCGUCGACCGCAUCUCUGCGAUCUGCCCACAGCAGCGGAGGCCCGUCAUCCCCCCGGUCCCCCACGUUCGCGACAUCCCCCACCACAGCCACCAUGGGGUCCAAGAAGCCCUCUUCUCUCGAACAACUGGCCCCCACGACUGCAUCUGUGGCAGGCGACCAUUUCGUGAGGGAGGUGGACCGCCACAACUCCACCGACCUACAGUCGCAGACGCUGGUAGUCGUUCACGAUGCGUGCUACGGCCAUCGCUUCUCGCGCCCCCGAAGCUCGAGGGCGGCCCUGAACUCGAUCGUCGAACGUCCUGAGCGAAUCCAGGCCGGUGUGCUCGGUGUGUCUGCGGCUUACGUUCGACUCGCGCACCGCUAUGCGGGCGGACGGUUUCCCCCGCAUCCGAAUUUAGAUGUGCAACAGUUACCUGUCCCGCCUUUCCAGAUCCGCAAGACCGCGCGCUCCAUGGCGCUCACCUCGCCCGCAGUGACCCACGUGCAUGGGAGCAAAUGGAUGGAUGACCUGAAGAGCAUGUGCGAUGCGGCGGAAUCGCGACUGGCGCUCAACGGCAAGGAGCUGGUCAGACCACGCAGCAGCGGCAAGGACAGCACGGCCACCAACGACCCACCAUUCCACGAAGGAGACCUUUACCUGUGCGCGGAAUCCCGGGAUGCCUUGGAGGGGGCUCUUGGCGGUGUCUGUGAGGGAAUCGAUGCGGUCUUCGGUCCCAGUGCAACAAAGAGGACCUUUGUCUGCAUUCGUCCUCCCGGCCAUCACUGCUCCUCGGAUCAUCCGUCCGGAUUCUGCUGGAUCAACAACGUUCACGUGGGGAUCUCCUACGCCGCGAUGACACACGGCUUGACCCACGCGGCGAUCCUGGACUUUGAUCUGCAUCAUGGCGACGGCUCCCAGGCGAUUACGUGGGAGCAGAAUCGGAAGGCCGUGACCGCGCCCCGGAAUGCGGCCAGCUACAGAAAAGCCAUGACCGGAUACUUUAGCCUCCACGAUAUCAACUCCUACCCUUGCGAAAUGGGCGAUCUGGACAAGGUUCGCAACGCGAGCGUGUGCAUCGACAAGGCCCAUGGCCAGUCGAUCUGGAAUGUCCACCUCGAGCCAUGGAAGUCGAAUCUAGAAUUUUGGGAUUUAUAUGCCAAUAAGUACACCGUGUUGGUUGAAAAGGCCCGCGCAUUCUUGCGAAUGCACACAGAGCGCCUCAAUAGUCUCCCCAACGGUCCACCGCCCAAGGCGGCCAUCUUCAUCUCGGCCGGAUUUGAUGCGAGUGAAUGGGAAGGAAGCGGUAUGCAGAGGCAUCAAGCGAACGUGCCCACCGAAUUCUACGCCAGAUUCACCGCAGACGUAGUGCGCAUGGCGGAGGAGGAGGGACUUGGGGUCGACGGACGGGUGAUCAGUGUUCUGGAAGGCGGCUACAGUAAUCGUGCCUUGACGAGCGGUGUUCUCAGUCACUUGUCCGCAUUGGGAGAUACGCGACUGAACUCCCGGACUGACGAAGACGAACAAAUUGACCGGCUGGCCUCUGAGAUGACGGACCGCUUGGGUCUGUACGACACGGGCUCGACCAACGCUCAGUCUUCACCAUUUGAAGCUGCCUACGACAGCGGGUGGUGGUCUCCCGUCGUGCUCGAGGAGCUGGAAGCAUUGGUCUACCCACCUCCCGUCUCCACGACCAAGCGCGAGAAGUCUGCCCCAACCUACUUUGCCCCGACGCAGUCCUAUUCCGCGAAAGUGGUCACGCCCCCGCGCGAUCGGAAAUCGACCGGCUCGCAGGCCAGUGAACCCGAGGCCCCGCCCCUGCCCCCCAUCAGCUGGGCGACCGCAGCGCACGAGUUGUCCAAAGUCCUCAUUCCCACCGCGCGGCAGAUCAACAGCUGUCGACCGGAGGAUCUCAAUGCCGAGGCCUCCCGCUUGCGCCGCGAGCGCCAGAACGUAACUGUCGUUGAGAAACCUCCCUCGGCCCCAGCCACGCCCGAGGAGAGUCGGAUGAAACUCCGUACGAGAAAGCCAAAGGCUUCCCUGCCGAGCACUCCCAAGGCCGAGACUCCCAAGCGUGCGACUCUCAAGGACAACCGGAGAACCACCAUCGAUCGUGUCAGUAGCCUGCCGGACCCACCUGUGAGAAAGUCGCCGGAAGCCCGUACAACACGCCGGAAGAGUACCAACGCAACGGCUACAUCGACGCCGGAACCCCCCAAUUCGAGACCGCCCUCUCGGAUUUCACCUACCGGAGAAGGAAAUGCAGGUCUCGUCCGGGACGCAACAGCAGCACCGGGACCACGACGGCCUAGCGGCUCUCGAUCCGGGACCCCUAAACUCCCUACCAGCCCCAAGACAGCACCUCCUGUUCCGCGAGUGCCGUCUAAUUAUCUGCCGCCGACUACGAAGGACGAAGGGGAGGCGACGCCCAUUAUUCCAAGCAGCAAUGAGACAGCCCCUCCGGCAGGCGACGUGGAUAGCCUGACCUCCGGUGUCCGCAAACUCAACAUCAAGCUGAAAGUGCCAUCUCCAGAAGAGCAUGCGGCUCGGGAGCAGCUUAGGACCGCCAAAGGGACCUCGCGGGGACCGAUGCCGCCCAAACGGACCAGUUCCAAGGACCUGCAUAUCUCUACGAGCAAAGCGUCCUCACGAUGUUCUGGUUCUAGUAGAGGACUGUUUUCCAACCCUUCCACACAUCAGGACACCGGAAGCGGAGUCAAACAAGAGACACAGCCCUCCAGCUCUCCCAUCGUUUCCCCUGACACUACGUCCCCGACCCCUACCGGCCCCAACUGCACCGCAGAUGCCUUCUACUGGCAGUGCAAUCUCACCACCCAUCAUACCAGGACCCAUGCCGGAAAACAUCCGCCUUCACAAUACAACGUAUUCCGCGCCACUAUCGACCGCUCCAACCAGGAACGGGCUGCCAAUCUUCACCUCGAACAGCCCGAUUCCUUUUGCGCCGAGCGGUCCUAG